AUGACGGCUCCUCCUUGCUUGCCAGCAACGACGAAAAGUGUGGUGUUGGAAUACCUUGGCGACGACUUUCCCAAAGUGGGAUGUCGUUUGUCGUACAAAUACCCCGUGAUACCGCCUCCGGUGCUCCCGGCUACAGGCUUUACCAUUGUGUACCAUAUCCGGGUCAAUGGCCUCCCCCUCUCCCUGGCGGCGUUGUCUGCUGUUGCCACCAACCACGCUGAAUCGCCUUUAUGGACAAAGCUUGACUAUGAGCCCGAAGCUCAUUUCUCCGACGAUAAUGACCAGAGCUCUGGUGGAAGCUUUGAGUUUCGCUUCCCGCCAAUCUCAGAAGUCGGUGGAGGCACGCUUACUCUGAUCACAGUAGACAUCGAUCUCUACACUCUGCUUCUGCUGCUUACCAUCACCACUCUCUUCCACUGUUUAAACUCCAUUUUCCAAACGGUAUACAUCAACCUAGAGUUUGACCUCCCCUUGAUCUUUAGCGUGUACGGUCGAGCUCUCCUACGUCUCGUGAAACCAUACAUCGACACCGUCUACGAAGAGAUGCUGGCCCCGUCAACUGACCCGGAAUUGGUGAAAUUGGAACAAGCGAUCCGGUGUCUGCACAACACUCUUAACGUGAUGCUCACGAAAAAGACGCUCCGCGGAAUCAGGCUGGCUCCCUAUGAUAUGCGGAUGCUCCGCCAUCGACGCAUUGAUUUGUAA